GCUACCAUUACCAACACUCCUUUUAUCUUCCCCACAAGUUUCAGAGGUUUGAACCCAAAAAGCCAUGUUCAUGUUCAGUCGAAGCAUUUGUUGUGCAAAGUUGAAUCAACUUUCAACAUUUGAAACCCUUUUCUCCAACCUGAAGCUAAGGCCCUGUGCUACACCUCUCAUUGGUCCAUUACAGACUUGUGAGUACAGAAUUUACAGCAGGGAGAAGGCAGAAUAUGCGAAUGUGAAUUGGGAUGAACUUGGAUUUGCUCUAACUAAGACUGAUUAUAUGUACGUCAUGAAUUUCACUGAAGAAGAACAAAAGUUCUUCAAUGGAACCUUAACUCGCUUUGGCAACAUUGAGAUGUGCCCUUCAUCUGGAAUAUUAAACUAUGGCCAGGGGUUAUUCGAGGGACUAAAGGCGUAUAGGAAGGAAGACGAGGGGAUUCUGCUCUUCCGACCUCAAGAGAAUGCUCUGAGGAUGAAGAUGGGUGCGGAUCGAAUGUGCAUGCCAUCACCAACCGUUGACCAAUUCAUGGAUGCUGUCAAAAAGACUGUGCUGGCUAACAAGAGAUGGGUACCACCUUAUGGGAGAGGAUCUUUAUACGUUAGGCCUUUGCUUAUGGCAACUGGUCGAAAUCUGGGAGUGAAACCAUCAUCAGAUUACACAUUCUUAGUGUAUGCUUCCCCAGUGGGCAAUUAUCAUAAGGGUGAUCUGAACUUGAUGGUUGAAGACAAUGUCCAUAGAGCUAUUCCUGGUGGUACCGGAGGCAUUAAAGCUGUCACGAAUUACUCGCCCGUUUACAAGCCAUUAACUGAAGCAAAAGCUAAAGGGUUCUCAGAUCUCUUAUUUCUGGAUGCAUUGACUGGAAGCAACAUUGAGGAAGGUUCUGCUUGCAAUAUCUUCAUUCUCAAGGGAAAUGUUAUCUCAACUCCAACAACUCAUGGGACAAUCCUCCCAGGAAUCACAAGAAAAAGCAUCAUGGAAAUUGCAUCUGAUUUUGGAUACCAGGUUGAGGAACGAGCUAUUCCGAUCAAGGAGGUGUUUGAUGCUGAAGAAGUCUUUUGCACAGGAACAGCUAUGGUUGUGAAGUCUGUUGCAAGUAUAACCUACCAGGGCAAAAGGAUCGGAUACAAACUGGGAGCAGAAACACUGGCUCAGAAAUUGCAUGCAACACUAACAGGGAUUCAAACUGGUCUGAUCGAGGACAAGCUGGGAUGGACCAUGCUCAUCGAUUGACCUCCUCUUUUAUGAUGCAAUAUCUACAUUUCGCGUUGGAAUUUGCCAUUUUCGUUUCGGUUUUCUUUAGUUUCAAUCAAAGGAAAUGUUUACUUUCAGGCGCUCUGUGAAAGCUAAAGAAUAAUAAUAGCUUAAACAUUUCCAUUGAUACAA